AUGGCUGUGCUCAAGCUUUUCCUCAUGGCUUUCAGCUUUGUCUUCUGGGCAGCGGGGCUCACCAUGGUUACCCUUGGCAUUUGGGCCAAGAUUUCCCUGGGCACCUACUUGGUGCUCUCCACCAACCAAUACCCAAACACCUCCUUCAUUUUGUUGGCGACCGGCGCGGCUGUCAUCGUGUGGGGCUUCCUGGGCUGCUUCAGCGCCGCCACCGAACACCGAUGCCUGCUGCGCACUUAUGGGAGCUUUCAGUUGGCGGUGCUGGCCGCCGGCUUAGCGGCGGGCCUCUCCAGCUUGUUCUACCGCAAGGAUAUUGCCGAAGGCUUCCAGAACGGCCUCCACGAAGCCAUACGCUCCUACGCAGAGGACGAGGAGAAGGCCGAGGCUCUGGAUUCCGUCCAGCGCACCCUCGACUGCUGCGGGGUGGAAAGUUACCGCGACUGGUUUUCCUCACCGUGGUCUAUGGAGCAACAGCCACCCAAUGGCUCUGUGCCCGCGAGCUGCUGCAAGGCACGAAAAAGGUGCCUGCGCAGCCCUCUCCCUUUCGGCGCUCGGGGAAUUUACCGCGACGGGUGCUACAGCAAGGUCUACAAUUUCGUCAGCAGCAACAUGUUCUACAUUGCCACGGCGGCCCUUGGGCUGGCACUCAUGCAGGUGGUGGGCAUCAUCCUGGCUUGCCUGCUGGCUGCUCGGGUCCCGCCCCACGCUCAGCCACCCGGAGGCACCAUCCCACACUGA